AUGCAGUGCUAUCGUGCACUGCCUCAUAAACAACGGAGAGAAAUCGCGAAUACUUUCUAUAUAACAACAAUUAUUCUUAUUCACAUUUCUGAAGCAAUUAGACUUUAUCAGCUACGUUCCGAACCGCUGAUAUUAACGCAAUAUUUGCAAUAUGUAAUUGCGAAACAAUGUUCAGGCACACUCGCAAAUUUAACGACAACUGAUCCUUUUCAACGUAGUACUCAGAUAUCGUCAAGACCAAAAGAAAUAACAAUACAACAACUACAUGAUGAAAUGGAGAAACUGGGUGUUGUUGUAAUUGAUAUUCGCGAUGACAUUAUUCGCAUAGCACCUGUGCCAUAA